AUGGCGCCCCCAGCAGUCAUCGGCUCACAGAAGCCUGGCGCGACCGAUACCACAGCCAUGGAACAGAAGAUCGGCCAGGCCACCUCUGUUAUCCUACCCCUUCUAGAGCUUGGCGCGCUGGGCUACGAGACAUAUGUUGUUGUCUAUUUGAUAUGCGUCCAGUAUCUCAUAGAUCCCUCGGAAGACAUCCAGCGAGAUUUCGAUAUCCGGCCCCGGCGCUCCACGGGAAUCGCACUCAUCGUCGUAUACGCCAUCCUCCUUCUGUUCCUCAUAAUAGCAUGGGCGCGCCUACUACAGUUGAUCUGGUCAAACCCGGAUCUUGUACCCCUCGGCGACCCGUCGCUAGAGAAGACGGAUGCGAACACCAAGGGCUUCGGGUUCGAUCAAUACGAUGCGUACAUCUGCGAUUAUCAAGGACUGCCGUUGUGGUGUGAGAAAUGUCACAACUGGAAGCCGGAUAGGGCACAUCACUGUAAGGAACUGGGACGAUGUGUGAAGAAAAUGGAUCAUUAUUGUCCUUGGGCGGGUGGAAUCAUAGCAGAAACCACGCACAAGUUCUUUAUGCAGUUCGUGGCGUAUGCUUCGCUGUACACAACAUUCACUUGGGUCGUGGUAGCUAUCUUCUUUGCAGAGAGGAAUUCCAAGAUGGGAUCACGGCCAGGAACCUGGAUCGGCGCCCUUGCGACGGCGGUUUUGUUCAGCAUCUUUACCUUCACAAUGACCUGUAUGACAGGCUGGAAUCUGAUGAUAAACUUCACCUCGGUCGAAGGCAUCCAACGCGGUGGCAUCCACAACAUUGCCUUUCUCAUGUCUCGUUCCUCCACGAAUCCCGAUACAUUUCAUUCCUCAGCGAGCCCCAGCACCACAAAUGCACUGCCUACGACCCCAACAACAUCCUCCAGUAAACACCACAAUAGGAAAUCUAGCAGAGACAUGGCUGAAGAAAGAGAGCACGAGAAGGAGGAUUGGCCCAUUCUUACCAGCUUUACACGCCCAUCGAACCGCUCGUACGUCGUAAUACAAACCAAGCCCAUGGAACACCCGUGGUAUACAACCCUCAUGCAAGGUUGGAAAGAUACUAUGGGUGAAAAUAUAAUCGACUGGCUACUGCCCUUCCGACAGUCUCCGUGUAAACAGAAAAGCCACAGGGGUGAGUUUGAGUGGGGCGAGGUGGUCUACGAUAUGGCGAAGAUGUACGAAGACAAACAUCCUGGAACCAGUCUUGCCAUCCUUGAUAAGAGCGGGAGGUCGAGGAGGUGA